CAACGAGCGGCGGGGCGGCGGAGGACGCGGAGGAGGAAGAGGAGGCCGACCUACAAGAUGGCCCCUGCUGCAGGAGCGGCCUCGGCAGCAGCAGGUGGGGGGCUGGAGGCGGCGCUGGCGGCAGCGGCCGAGGCCCGGCGGCCUGGGACAGAGUCAGCGUCGAUGGUAGCAGCGGCGGCGGCGGCGGCUGCCGCGGCGGUGGCGACGGCCGCGGGGACGCGGAGCUGAGAGGAGCUGCUGCUCGGACCAGCGCGGUUAUAUUUCACACUAUGUGCUGACUGUAUCUACAGAAGAUAUUUAACAAAAAAAAAAAAAAGAUAAACUUUUUUCAAAGAUUUUGAUUCCAGUGGAAUCUUUGCUUUAGAUUUGUGUGUGUGUGUGUGUGUGUGUAUUAGUGAAUUGUAACUCCAGAAGCAAUGCCUGUACAAGCUCCACAAUGGACGGAUUUCCUCUCCUGCCCAAUUUGCACUCAGACUUUCGACGAAACAAUUCGAAAGCCCAUCAGUUUGGGCUGUGGCCAUACUGUCUGUAAGAUGUGCCUGAACAAACUCCACCGCAAGGCUUGCCCAUUUGACCAGACCACUAUCAAUACAGACAUUGAGCUCCUUCCCGUGAACUCAGCAUUGCUGCAGCUAGUGGGUGCUCAGGUCCCUGAACAGCAGCCCAUUACUUUGUGUAGUGGGGUUGAAGACACAAAGCAUUAUGAAGAAGCCAAGAAAUGUGUAGAAGAAUUAGCAUUGUACCUGAAACCGCUCAGCAGUGCUAGAGGAGUGGGUCUGAAUAGCACUACCCAGAGUGUUCUGAGUCGCCCAAUGCAGAGGAAGCUUGUGACUCUGGUUCACUGCCAACUAGUGGAAGAAGAAGGCAGGAUUCGUGCCAUGAGAGCUGCUCGCUCUUUAGGUGAACGAACAGUUACAGAACUCAUUCUCCAGCACCAGAAUCCUCAGCAACUCUCUUCCAAUCUUUGGGCAGCAGUCAGGGCUAGGGGCUGUCAGUUCCUUGGACCAGCAAUGCAGGAGGAAGCUCUAAAGCUGGUUCUACUGGCCUUAGAAGAUGGCUCUGCUUUGUCAAGAAAAGUACUGGUUCUUUUUGUGGUGCAAAGGUUGGAGCCACGGUUUCCUCAAGCUUCUAAAACUAGCAUUGGGCAUGUUGUUCAGCUCCUUUACAGAGCCUCCUGCUUCAAGGUCACCAAACGUGAUGAAGACUCUUCUCUGAUGCAGCUGAAAGAAGAAUUUAGAACCUAUGAAGCUCUGCGACGAGAGCAUGACUCCCAGAUAGUACAGAUUGCUAUGGAAGCAGGCUUAAGGAUUGCACCAGACCAGUGGUCCUCUUUGCUUUAUGGAGACCAGUCUCACAAAUCUCACAUGCAGUCCAUUAUUGACAAGUUGCAGACCCCAGCCUCUUUUGCUCAGAGUGUUCAGGAACUAACAAUUGCUCUCCAGCGGACUGGAGACCCAGCAAACUUGAACCGACUAAGACCCCAUUUGGAACUAUUAGCAAACAUUGACCCAAGUCCAGAUGCUCCUCCUCCUACUUGGGAACAGCUAGAAAAUGGACUGGUAGCUGUGCGUACAGUUGUACAUGGGCUGGUUGAUUAUAUACAGAACCAUAGCAAAAAAGGAACAGAUCAACAGCAGCCUCCACAGCAUAGCAAAUAUAAAACAUACAUGUGUCGAGAUAUGAAGCAAAGAGGAGGAUGCCCUCGUGGUGCCAGCUGUACAUUUGCACACUCACAAGAGGAACUGGAAAAAUUUCGUAAAAUGAACAAACGUCUAGUUCCCAGAAGACCUCUGAGUGCCUCUUUGGGUCAGUUGAAUGAGGUGGGCCUGCCUUCUGCAGCCAUCCUUCCAGAAGAAGGUGCAGUGGAUCUACCUAGCAGAAAACCCCCUGCUCUACCAAAUGGAAUUGUGCCAGCAGGAAAUACAGUGACACAACUGAUUCCACGGGGGACAGAUCCCAGCUAUGAUUCUAGUCUGAAACCAGGGAAAAUAGAUCAUCUGAGCAGUAGUGCUCCAGGAUCCCCUCCUGACCUGCUAGAAUCUGUCCCUAAGAGUAUUUCUGCCUUACCUGUGAAUCCACAUCCUGUACCUCCAAGGGGGCCGGCAGAUCUGCCUCCCAUGCCUGUCACCAAACCACUUCAGAUGGUACCACGAGGUUCUCAGUUAUAUCCAGCACAAGCAGAUGUUUAUUAUCAGGAUCCUCGAGGAGCUGCCCCACCAUUUGAACCAGCACCUUAUCAGCAGGGUAUGUACUAUACCCCACCACCAUGUGUAUCCCGCUUUGUUCGACCUCCACCAUCUGCUCCUGAACCUGGUCCUCCCUACUUGGAUCCUUAUCCACCCUACCUCCAAGAUCGUGUUAUGAACUCUCAGUAUGGCGCACAGCCACAACAGUACCCACCUAUGUACCCACCUCACUAUGAUGGUCGUCGAGUGUACCCUGCUCAGUCUUAUACAAGAGAGGAAAUUUUCCGAGAAAGCCCUAUACCCAUUGAGAUUCCACCUGCUGCAGUACCAUCAUAUGUACCAGAGUCCAGAGAAAGAUACCAGCAAGUGGAGGGUUACUAUCCAGUAGCCCCUCAUCCUACUCAGAUCAGACCUUCGUAUCCCAGAGAGCCUCCAUAUAGCCGGCUUCCUCCUCCUCCUCCCCAGCCCCAUCCUAGUCUAGAUGAGCUACAUCGCCGACGAAAGGAAAUUAUGGCUCAACUGGAGGAAAGAAAGGUUAUCUCUCCACCUCCUUUUGCACCUUCACCAACAUUGCCUCCCACAUUCCAUCAAGAGGAAUUUUUGGAUGAAGAAUUGAAGGUAGCUGGGAAAUACAAAGGAAAUGAUUAUAGCCAAUACUCUCCUUGGUCAUGUGACACCAUCGGCUCCUACAUUGGAACCAAAGAUGCAAAACCCAAAGAUGUUGUGGCAGCAGGGAGUGUGGAAAUGAUGAAUGUGGAAAGUAAAGGAAUGAGAGACCAGCGAUUGGAACUUCAGAGAAGAGCAGUAGAAACCAGUGAUGAUGACCUCAUCCCAUUUGGAGACCGACCAACAGUAUCUCGGUUUGGUGCCAUCUCUCGAACUUCCAAAACGCUAUAUCAGGGUGCUGGCCCAAUGCAGGCUAUGGCACCUCAGGGAGCUCCCACAAAAUCUAUUAACAUUUCUGAUUACAGUCCAUAUGGAACCCAUGGUGGCUGGGGAGGUUCUCCAUAUUCACCUCAUCAAAAUGUAACUUCUCAGGGACACUUCAGUGAGAGGGAGCGAGUAUCCAUGCCAGAAGUAGCCAGUCAUGGAAAACCCCUUCCAUCUGCUGAGAGAGAACAGCUACGACUAGAAUUGCAGCAACUGAACCAUCAGAUUAGCCAGCAGACUCAGCUACGCGGAUUAGAGGCCGUUAGUAACAGGCUGGUGUUGCAGAGGGAAACAAACACCUUGGCAGGACAGCCACAGCCGCCGCCGCCUCCUCCAAAGUGGCCUGGAAUGAUCUCAAGUGAGCAGUUGAGCUUGGAACUGCAUCAAGUGGAAAGGGAAAUUGGGAAGAGAACCCGGGAACUGAGUAUGGAGAACCAGUGUUCUCUGGACAUGAAAACCAAAUUGAAUACAAGUAAGCAAGCAGAAAAUGGACAACCAGAACCACAAAACAAGGUUCCAGCUGAGGACCUUACAUUGACAUUCAGUGAUAUACCGAAUGGAUCAGCCUUGACACAAGAGAAUAUCAGCCUCCUGUCAAACAAGACCAGCUCUCUGAACCUAUCAGAGGACCCAGAGGGAGGAGGAGAUAACAAUGACUCCCAGAGAUCCGGAGUUACUCCCAGUUCUGCUCCCUAAAACAUGAGAAAUCCUAAUAUUCUCUUCUGCUCCUAAUCAAUUUGUGGAGCAUAAGGGUAGAAGAAUGGAUGACUUCUAAAUGUGUUCUCUCUAAGAGUGGUCAGAGAAAUCCAGGAAAAGCACCAGAGGCAAUGUGCACAAACACCACUACUAAAAACAAACCCUGCACAUAGUUCACAUUAACGCAUUUUUUUUUUUAAUUUAAAGAAAAAGAAAAUUAGCAGUAUCUGCAAGCAAUUCAGAUUAAAUUUGUUUUUGUUCUGUG